GCCAGAUCAGGCUGGGCGUGGGCCCGAGCGGAACUUCACCGAAAACGGGUCUCUGCCACCAUCCGAUUCGUCUGCAGGCCAAGCCUUGCAAAGGGUGAAGGGAAGGAAGCCGGAAGUGACGCCAAGCCGCAAGGAACCGGAAAUGACCCUCGCAUGCCGGAAGCCGGAAGUUUAUUCGUUUCCAAGGCGACGUCUCCUUCACCGCUCCGACCCGGCGGCCGGAGUCGGGACGCUGGAACGCUCCUUUGAGGAGAGGGUCCCCGUCGACGGCGGCCGCCACCUUAGCGACUCGCGGGGGGACACAGCCAGGGACGGCGGCCGCCGCGCCGGCCCUCUCGUGUGGAGGACAGACGGCCGACCCAGUCACCGCGGCGGCCAGCUUGAGGAAAGAGGGAGUGAAGACCAGGAGUUUUGUCUCAGCGAAGACACGGAAACAAUCGGCGAAGAGGACGACGGCCACUGCAGCGUCUCUCCGGGACGAGUGAGAGAGGACGGGGGCCUCUCCAGAAGGGACCCGAGAAGGGUCCUUGAAGACCUGGGCCGCCGCCGCGGUGGUUCCCCUGAGACAGUCAGGGGAGACGGUGGCCACGGUCAUAGCAGCUCGUGGGAGAGUGUGAGGGGAGACCGCGGCUUUCCUAGCACCGACGCCGGUCUCCGUCAGGUCGGCGGCGCCCAGAGCAGUGACUCUAGGGGAGCCGUCGGAGAAGCCGGAACCAGCGACUUCGGGGAGAGGGGCAGCGACGAGCUCCACCGCCGCCUCAGCGGCUCUUGGGGAGGAGGGAGCGUGGAUGACGGCCCCAGCUUCAGUAGUUCCUCGGAAGGAGUGAGUGACGACCGCGACUACGCGGCCAGCGACUCCUCCGGGGUGAGCAGCGGCCGAGGCUACAACCACCGCCUCAGGGGCUUCUGGGAGAGAGAGAGUGCGGACGGAGGGCCCCGCGGCGGGGGCUCCUGGGAGAGGGCCGGGGAGGACCGCGGCCCCGGGCCCGGCGAGGACGAAGACGGCCGCUGCAGGGGCUCUUGGGGGACAGCGAGUGAAGACCGCCGCAGCAGCAGGGGCCAGGAUUCGCCUCCCCCUCGGCGCCCGUGGGAUCGCACCAUGCCCGGGGUGCCCCCUUCGGGCCCCUCCGCUUCCUUCACGGAGUCGGCAACCCCGUUAGGCGCCAGGAAGAAGGUGCAUUUUAGUAGCAUACAUGAUGCAGUACGCGCUGGAGAUGUAAAGCAGCUUUCAGAAAUAGUAGAACGUGGGGUCAGCAUUAAUGAAGUUGAUAUUCUCCAUAAAUUUACCCCUUUACAUUGGGCAGCACAUUCUGGAAGUUUGGAGUGUCUUCAUUGGCUCCUCUGGCAUGGAGCUGAUAUUAAACAAGCAACUAUGAGAGGCUGGACAGCAGCUCACAUAGCUGCAAUCAGGGGUCAGGAUGCUUGUAUGCAGGCUCUUAUAAUCAAUGGAGCAAAUUUGGCAACUAAAGAUGAUCGUGGUUGCACUCCUUUACAUCUUGCUGCGACACAUGGACAUUCUUUCACUUUACAAAUAAUGCUCCGGAGUGGAGUGGAUCCCAGCAUAACUGAUGUGAGAGAAUGGAAACCUGUACAUUAUGCAUCUUUUCAUGGACGACUUGGCUGUUUGCAACUUCUAGUUAAAUGGGGAUGUGGCAUAGAAGAUGUGGACUACAAUGGAAACCUCCCAGUUCACUUAGCAGCCAUGGAAGGCCACCUUCACUGUUUUAAAUUUCUACUCAAUAGAAUGAACAGUGCAACACAAGCUUUAAAAGCCUUCAAUGACAAUGGAGAAAAUGUGCUGGACCUGGCCCAGAGGUUCUAUAAGCAGAACAUUUUACAGUUUAUCCAGGGGGCUGAGUAUGAAAGAAAUGAUCCAAAAGAUCAGGAAAGUUUAGCAUUUCCAGGUCAUGUGGCUGCCUUUAAGGGUGAUUUGGAAAUGCUUAAGAAAUUAAUAGAAGAUGGAGUAAUCAAUAUUAAUGAACGUGAUAAUAAUGGAUCAACUCCUAUGCAUAAAGCUGCUGGACAAGGCCACAUAGAAUGUUUGCAGUGGAUAAUUAAAAUGGGAGCAGACAGUAAUAUUACCAACAAAGCAGGGGAGAAACCCAGCGAUGUGGCUAAGAGGUUUGCCCAUUUAGCAGCCGUAAAGCUAUUAGAAGGGCUACAGAAAUAUGAUAUAGAUGAUAAUGAAAUUGAUGAAGAUGAUAUGAAGUGUUUUAUAAGACAUGGUGUUGAGGGAAGCACUGAUGCUAAGAAUGAUUUAUAUCUUAAUGAGUCAGAUAAAACAGAUGCCAGAAUGAGAGCCUAUAAGAAAAUUGUAGAAUUGAGACACCUCCUGGAAAUUGCUGAGAGCAACUAUAAACACUUGGGAGGGAUAACAGAAGAAGACUUAAAGCAGAAGAAAGAACAGCUGGAGUCUGAAAAGACUAUCCAAGAGCUGCAGGGCCAGCUGCAGUACGAACGACUGCGGAGAGAAAAACUAGAAAGUCAGCUGGAUGAGUGUCGAGCAGAGGUGGAUCAGCUCAGGCAGACCCUGGAAGAUAUUCAGGUCCCCAAUUCCAUGCCGGCGGAAGAUGACUCUUCUUUUGAGUCAAGCAAAGAGAAGAAGCGAGUGAAGAAGAAAGUGUCUUCUGGGGGCGUUUUUGUGAGAAGGUACUAAUCAAUGAAACGAAUUUAAAUAAACUUGCUUGAUUUUUCUCUUUUA